ACCAGUCUGUCCUCAGUCCCUCCCGGUCGCUCAGCUGUGCGUCACAUGUCGGGCGCCGCGAGAGAGUAUCCUACUCCCGUGCGGAUCGCUGUUAAACGUACGAGUCUAACGACCCGGCUAGGACGCCGCCGUCUAGCACCGGACCCCCGUCUAACGUCGGCGCGCGUUAGCCACGUAUUAUUAUGCUGUCAGCCGUGUGCACGCCAGCGCAUCGCCACGAAUCGAUCACGAAGUGCCUCGAAUAUGCGGACGGCGUGACGAACGCGGGCGACGGUGCACGCCGCUUUGUUGAUACGCUGAGUUCUGUGUUCAGGCCGCGGAGGCCGCCGCGUCCCUACACCUACACCGUUUAAGAGCGCGCGGAUAACCCUUGUCCUUCGGCGACCGCGUCUUCCUCCUCCCCCUCCCCUGUCUCCCCCCGGCGCGCGCGCGAGAGAGUUUUAAACACUGCCACCGCCGCCGUCGGUGGCAGGUACACGACCGACGGCGCGAUUGGUGCGUGACGAAAAAAGCUGGUCGGUACGAUGACCUAAAGCGGGAUGAAAGAAGGAUAGAGCAGGGAUCUCCGAGAGCGCGAGAGAGCGGGCGAGAGAAAGGGAGGCCCCCUUGGGGAUUUCACGGUGGGCCACAUAGUCGUUUAAAGGGAUCCGACUCUUUCCUUUCGGGAGUGUGCGUGUCGUGCCACGUCUCGCAGGCGUGCGCGUCUUCGUCUCGCGCACUUGGAUUUUUGAACUUGUGCUCCGCGCGUGUGCUCGGUGCUCCGACGAGCGUCAAAGAGAGAGAGAGAGAGAGAGGGAUUGCGGGACAGUCGAGUGGACAGGAGCAUGUGAAGGAACAGAAAAAGUGUUUCGUCGCGUGAAUGUUUCGCGUCGCGUCGCCUCGCGCAACGGGACUCCGCGCGAGAAAACGAUCGGCGAGAACGAUCGAGUGAUCCUCCACUGCGAAGAAGAAGAAGAAUAAUAAGAAGCAGCAGAAGCAGAAGACGAGAGAGAAAGAAGUGAUCCGCGCGAAACCGAGUGAUAUCGCGUCACCUGGUAGAAGCCGCGAAUAAUGUCGACGGGCAAGAGGCUGGCGAAGCGCAGCAUUAUCGGCACCAGGGUGUGCGCUCCCGGCCAGGACGGCAAGUACUAUAGCGGCGCCAUUUGCGCGGUGAAGACGCCGCAGGCGGCCGAGUCGCCGGGCCAGAAGAGCGGCGUCACGCCGAAGACUCUGUACACGGUGCGCUUCGACAUCACCGGCGGCAGUCCGCCGAGCCCGAAGGAGUACGCGGACCGCGAUCUCAUCGGACCGGGCUUCGGCUCCGUCACCGGCGCCCGGCUGGUACCCGGUCAGAAGGUUUAUCUAACGUACAACGGUAGGGAGAUCCACGCCGAGGUCACGGAGCAUCGCCAGCAUCUCGACGAGGUGGACGUGGUCAUUGCCCCGAACGGCCAGGAG